UGCAGCCAUUGUCUCUCGUCGAAAAAAAUUCACACCGAGAUUUAUUAAUUAAGCUUGUCGCUAAAUCAUGUCCUCUAUAUCAUCUGAUCUCGCAGGUUUCGGCGGUACAUUUGUAGUGAAAAACGGAGAAGCGUUACAUCACGUUAUACGAAAUGACUGGACGGGUCAGCAGGUAACAAAGAAGGAAAAAAUUCGUAACUACUGCAUUGAAUAUUGCAACGUGCAAACGCCUGUGAUGGGAUUUGCCACAUUUGUUAAUGCAGACAGGCAUGUUGUUAAUAUAAAUCCAGGCAAUCCAGGGUUAAAAGUAAAAUCGAUGUUCAAGCUUCAAAACUGAUACACCUACAUACGCCGUGAUUUAUUUAUUAACGAUGCUCGAUGCUUUCCAGGAAGUUUCUCUUACUCGAUCACAUGCUCAUGGUUAUUCUAAUUACGGUGGCGGGUAUUAUCAUGGGAACGAACCAAACGAUGAUACGGAGUAUUUGGGAUAUUUUUCUCCAGCGACCAAGCUCUAUCGUAUUGAUCCUGUACCUAUGUUCUAUGAAAUGGUAGACUUUUCUUGUUUAUAAAAUCAUUAACAGGAGCUGCAACGUUUCGCUCUCGAUCUGUUAAUUAUGAUGACAUUGCUGACUCGUAUUUUUUUUUAAUUUCUUUCAAGAAAUAUUUUUUAUUUUUUUUUUAAGUCUUUUUUAAUUUUUUUUUAUCGCUCUUUUAAUGUCUCUUUCAAAUUGCCACUAAAUUUUUUUUUUGCUGACUCAUCUUUAUUAUGAUUAAUCUACAUUUUUAUAUUAGCAAAAGAUACAGAGCUUAAUUGUUAUCUGUGUAAUAUGUUGAUUUUGACAAAUACUGCAAAUAUUAAUAGGCAACGAAACGUGUUUAUUGAAGCCAUAUCAAAUAAAUUCGCCAUGUUGUUUAAUUAGAUCACUUUGACAGAUUGCAAUCGAAUAAUGGUCGCGAUGCUUUCGGUUGAGUAAGAUAUCCUAUUCUCUGUCGAUCACGUUCGCGGCUCUCUUCUUUCCCAAAAAACGAUCUCUUAAUUUUAUCAGCAGUCUCUCCUCACGGUCGUCACUCCACUCGCCCGAAUCUUCCUAUAACGUCAUUAAUCCGCAAUAAUCCGUUGGUCGUCUAAGUUAUGCUGAUUGCGGACGGAGUCGCAGAUGCGUCGACAGGCGGACGACGACAGUACAGCUUGGGCUAAGUGCCGAUCAUCUGCCGAUCUUCUCGCGUAUUCUCACCUCGGUGCUCUCGAUAUACAUACCGAGAUGAAGUUCAGUAUAGAAUCCACGGCUUCCUACAACAGUAUCCACCCAGCUUAUCACUAUACCGAGCAGUUCGCCAACAACGGCGAAACUUAUCGGGAUGGUACCAAAUGGUACGGGGUGUUCCUGGCAUUUCUGUCAGGCACUUUCUUCACCAUCAGCUCCGCUCUGGUCAAGGCGGUUCGCAACGUGGACCCCAUGAUUCUGCUAGCUAUCCGCGCCCUGGCGCAGAUCCUGACGAUGGCCAUCGUGGCCUGCAGAUCGUCCAGCGAUCUCUUUGGCCCUUCCGGCCGAAGAAUACUCAUACAUUUUCAGGGCUUAGUAGGCGGCAUGACCUUAUCGUUGCUGUACUACAGCUUCCGAGAACUACCUCUAGGCGAUGCGACCACGAUCAUCUUCAGCUCGCCGGUAAUCGUCAUCGCGCUGUCCUUCCUCUUCCUAAAGGAGCCAUGCGGUGUUCUGCGCGUAAUGGUCGUUUGUACGCUCUUGGCGGGCGUCGUCCUCGUUGCCAGACCACCCUUCUUAUUCCAGAUGCACCGCGCUGAGAGCUACAACCUUAUGGGAUAUCUGUGCGCCAUCCUGGCCACUAUCUUCACGGCGCUCAACAUCGUCGUCAUGAGAAAGUGCUCGGAGAUACAUUACUCCAUCCUGGUAUUGAACCUGUCAUGCUGGUCGUUCGUCUCCGCCGUGUUCUUCUAUUUCACGGUGUCUGGUCACGGCAUCGGUCACGAGCUCCACAAGUUCCGGCUGCCGCACGACUGGUUCACCUGGGGCCAAAUUCUGCUGGUGGCGUUAACUGGCCUCACCGGCCAGGUGCUGGUGACCAAGGCACUGAAGAUCGAAGGCGCGGGUAAGGUAUCGGUCACCAGAUCACUGGAUAUCAUCCUGGCGUACCUGAUCCAGGUUUACCUAUUCGGCGAGAAGCCCACGUCGACCAGCUUGACCGGCGCGAUUCUUAUCAUCUCCUCCGUCGUUUGCAUGGGCUUUGAGAAGGAAAUAUACGCGGUCUGCGACUUCAUUCCGUAGUCAAUGGAAUUAAUCAUUUGAACAUUCGAAUCUCGGACGCGAAGAACACAAGCGAGAAUAAAAUUGCUAAAUGCGAUCUUGAAUUACGCUCUGUAAAUCGUCGGUUUCUCAUGACGACGAUAAAUCGCAAUUGGCAAAAUUCAAUUUCUUAUACUUUUUAAAAAAAUCACAGACUAGUCAGAACAUUACGAAAUAUCAAAACGCUAAAUACUAAAAUAAAUUUUUAACGAUAGUAUUAAGAUCAACGAACAUUUAAUCGUUCAAUUUCUCAUUAGAACAAGCUUCUAGUAUCACACGUCGAAGAGGUCCCGAUUCACAAAUAACAUUCACUUGUACAUGCAUUCUCUUUGUCUUUUCUGUACCUCUUUCUAAUAUAGGUAUUCCAAUUCUUAAAGUGAAAAUAUAUGACAAACAUCAAUCAUCUAGAAUUUCGAUGUCGAUAAUAAUUGUAAUAGUAAUAAUAAUAAUAAUAAGUUGUAGUGAUAGUAACG